UUUCAUUAAAAAAAUUAAUAUUUUUUUUUAUUUAUUUUUUUGAAAAUUCUGAGGAAAGGGUUCCCUCAGAAUAUUUCGACGACCACGUCCGUAGGAAAAUUUUGAGGACUUUUGUGACGAAUCCUCGUCCUCACAAUUUCCUCGGAAUUACUGUUCCUCGAAAUUCCGUCAGAAAAUUUCGAGGAAAUUUCGAGGGAAAAUGAAAUUUCGAGGAGUUUUUUUCGAGGACCUUUUUCUUCGGUAUGUCGUCGGAAUACGGUUAUUCCGACGACAUACUGAGGAAAAAAUCCCUCAAUAUCUGCUUGUUUUCUUGUAGUGGUCUCGACCGUAAUCACCGCUAUGUCUUUUGUUCCUACCGCAGUAGAUCUCUCCUUAUCUGGCCUCCCAAUCCUUUGGAGUUCAUUUCUCUCGUGGUUGAAACCACCCUACCUCUUCGUCAUCAUCAACGUCAUAAUUGUUUCAACGAUUGUAGCUUCUUCCAAGUACUUCCAGAGCAGCGGUGACCGAGAUUGGGAGGUGAAGGACGUUGAUAUGGGUGGUCAUUUCGUGGCCAUAUUUUCACCGCCGAUGGUCGUCACGGAUGUGAAUAGAUCGGAGGUUGUAUGUGAAGAGAAGGAGGAGGAGAAGAUUUUAGGACUGAACAACGGUGGAGAUGAGCUUGUGAUGUUGAGUAAAGUGCACGAAUCAGAGACUAAGAAGCCGCUAGUUUCGGCAAGAUUCAGCCACCGUAAACCGGUCAAAGUAUCUUCAAAAGGUAACAAAAGGAAGGCGCCGAGAGUGGUGAAACCAAAGUGGCACGAGAACAAGUGGAAGAUGAUGGUAACCGAGGAACUUAAGUCAACACCAUUGACUAGUCAUUCCUGCAGGAGGCAUGAGACUCUCAGACUUGCCGCCGGGGAGACACAACCUGUCUUGAGGGAAUCGGAGACUUUCAGGGACAUUACUAAUAAUUAUCCAAUGUCUCCCACAGUGACGCCGUUGGUGAAGAUGGGGAAGGAGAUGUCGCCAAGUCUGGAAGAGCUGAACAGAAAAUUCGAAGCUUUUAUAAAGAAAGGUAAAGAGGAGAUACUGGAGUCGCGGAGGUUGGACGAAGAGGUGAAUAUUGAAGCGAGGUUUAUUAGCCUUUGAUUCUCAUAUUAUUUUCUAUACACUAAUACACAACAACACUGAAAUACAUAAGAGUUUGUAAUAAUAAGUUAAUAACUAAAAACUGAAUGUAACAAUGGGUAUUAGUAUUGUAAAUUUGUAAUAAAAUAUCGUUGGUAUUGUAAUAGUGCACAUAUAUAGCAGUGUUUUAUUUACCUAAUCAAUGGCUCUGAAUCUGAUACUAUGAGAGUCAAACUAAAAGUUUCAAUAAUAGAGAAGACGAUGAAGCUUUU